UCAUGCACCAAAAAAAGUCAAACAGUCAACGGCUGUCACACAGCAAUCAAUUCACCGUAUAAAACUACUCUAUAAAAGUAAUUUUGAAAUUACAUAUUGGCGGACUUGAUAUCGUUACCGAUAGACGAUAGUAAUGGCGAUGGCGGGUUUGUAUCGGCGCCUUCUUCCAUCUCCUCCCGCCAUCGAUUUUGCAUCUUCCCAAGGCAAAAAACUCUUUGUGGAAGCUAUUCAAGGGGGGACGAUGGAAGGUUUCUUUAAGUUGAUCUCGUAUUUUCAGACGCAAUCAGAACCUGCGUAUUGUGGUUUAGCUAGCCUUGCUAUGGUUUUGAAUGCCCUAGCUGUUGAUCCUGGUAGAAAAUGGAAAGGACCUUGGAGGUGGUUUGAUGAAUCUAUGUUGGACUGUUGCGAACCUCUGGACAAAGUUAAAACUAAAGGCAUAUCCUUUGAUAAGGUUGUGUGCUUAGCUCAAUGUGCUGGCACAAAAGUUAAAGCUUUUCAUACAAAUCAUAGUACCCUUGACGACUUCCGUAAGUAUGUCAAGGCAUGUUCUGCUUCAGAAGAUUGCCAUGUAAUCUCUUCUUAUCAUCGGGGAACAUUUAAACAGACGGGAGAAGGCCACUUUUCACCUAUUGGUGGCUAUCAUGCUGGAAGGGAUAUGGCACUAAUACUAGAUGUUGCACGGUUUAAGUAUCCUCCUCACUGGGUCCCACUUAGCCUCCUUUGGGAUGCCAUGAAUACCUUAGAUCAAUCAAGUGGACAUCAUAGAGGGUUCAUGUUAAUUUCUAGGCUUCACAGAUCGCCGGCACUACUUUAUACCUUGAGCUGUAAACAUGAUAGUUGGGCAAGUACUGCAAAGUACCUGGUGGAAGAUGUUCCUUUGCUGUUGGGUUUAAAAGAGGUAGAAGAUGUAAAGAAUAUUCUCUCCAUUGUAGUCAAUUCCCUUCCGUCAAAAUUCGCGGAUUUUAUUAAGUGGAUUGCAGAAGUUCGAAGACAAGAGGAUGUUGAUGAAAGCCUAAGCCAAGAAGAGAAAGGAAGGCUUGCUGUGAAGGAAGAGGUUCUAAGACAAGUACAGGAGAUUGGCCUUUACAAGCAUGUGAAGGAUUUUUUAAGUUCAGAAAUUUCAUGUUGCCAUUCUGUUGUGUCUUUAAGUAGUGAAGAGAGCUUAUCAUUAGUCGCAGCAGAUAUAUGUUGCCAAGGAGCUGGACUCAUGAAAGGAAGCUGUAGAUCUUCUAUUUCAUUUUGCUGUAGCGAAACAGGUAUAAAAUGCAUAAGAACCAAAGAGAAUAAGUCCAUCACCAUGAUAUCUGGGAAGGUGGUUAAUGGAAAUGAUGAGCAACAGGUGGACGUACUUGUUCCUUCAUCUCAAACAGUCAGCUGUUCUGGUUCUUGUCCAAGCAGUUACAAAGUGCUGCACCCUGCAAAUAGUGAUGUUUUGACAGCACUUUUACUGGCGUUGCCGCCAGAGACAUGGUCUGGUAUAAAGAAUAAAAUGCUUUUGCAGGAAAUACAUAACCUCGUUUCAACAGAGAAUCUUCCUAACCUGCUUCAAGAAGAGGUUUUGCACUUGCGAGGGCAGCUGCUCGCACUCAAGAGAUGUAAAGAUAACAAGUUAGAGGAAGAGCUAAGUGCACCAGUGUUUUGAUUCAUUAUCUUCUGAAUUUCACACAAGCUUCUGGUUUUAGGCCAAAUUUCCAACCUCUAUGAAGGAUGUAGAACUUAAACUGUUCAUAUGCACGAUGAAUCUCAACACACGCUGCAGAAAACCUUUUCAUCACACCCUGUUAAAGUCAAAUCUCGAGAAAACAACUCGUCCCUCGGAGAUGAAUGUGCAUUGGCCUUGGUCUGUCCGACUGGGAUGAUCGUGUAGUGACCAGGUAAGAUAGACCAGUAUUUCUUCUGCACACUUGCCAUGUACUGUAAUGAAAAAACGUAGUGUUCGUCCUAACAUCCGUAAAAAGACGCAGAUGCUUUAGCAAGGCAUCAAUGUUAACACACCAAGAAACUUAUUACACUCUGAAUAGCUGUAAUUAUUAGAAUUAAUAUGUAAUAUUUUCUAAAACCACUCAAACCCGUUUUCCCUAUUAGUUGGGAUAAACAGGAGAUGUAUAUACUAUUUCAUUUUCCA